AUUUAUUACGGAAUUUGGGUAACAGUCUGUGUAACGGCAUCUUGGGUUGGUGCCACCCAUUGCAUAAAAUAUCUAUUUUUACCAAUAAGAGAAGAACCUGCAUCUUCUAUUGAAACGAACGAUGAAUCGCUAAAUAUCACACCGGUUUAUACUCAUUAUGCUGUAACAUAUAGAGCUCCAUUCUUCACAACAUGGUUCUUAACUUCUUGGACUAUACUUUUCUUUCCCAUUUACUACGUAAUCCGACUGUUAUCGAAAAAAUGCGUAAAUCCGAUCGACAUUUUAUCGGAGAGUGUGCGUGAUUUUAAGGAGAAAGGUUUCACUGCGGUUAGAUUUUCAGUUCGUUGCAGCAUUUUUUGCCUUCUCUGGGUUGGAACCAACUACAUGUACGUAAGAUCACUACAGAUCUUGUUGGCUACCGAUGUUAUGUCACUGUUCGCCACGAACAUUUCGUCAGUUUAUCUUCUAUCAUGGGUUAUUUUACACGAGCAAUUCGUCGGGAUACGGAUUAUGGCUGUGAUAAUGUGUGAUACGGGAGUUGCUUUAUUAGCCUAUAUGGAUGGUAUAACCGGAAGUCCAACGUUAGGCGGAGUCGUUUUGGCAGCUUUGGCAGCGGGCGGAUCGGCUGUUUAUAAAGUUAUGUUUAAGAAAGUUAUUGGGGAUGCCUCUUAUGGGCAGGUAGCCCUAUUCUUUUCUGUCAUCGGGACGUUAAAUGCUAUAUUAUUGUGGCCCGUUUGUGUCGGACUAUUUUUGACUGGUGUCGAAACGAUGGAAUGGACCGAAAUACCAUGGAUCGCACUUUUAGGGGCCAGCGGAUUAUCGUUAAUUGCAAAUCUAUUGGGAAAUUUCAGUGUGGCUUUAACAUACGAUUUGUUUAUAACGUUGGGGUUAAUAACUGCUGUACCAGUUUCGGCAGCUCUAGACGUAAUUCUUUACGAUGCUCAGUUCGAAGGGAUGAAAUUAGCAGGAAUUAUAUUAAUAGCCGUUGGAUUUUUCUUGGUUUUGUUUCCGGAUAAUUGGCCGGAUUACAUAACGCGACUGUUAAGAAAAUCGAGUCGAGUCUUCAAGGGCCAGGUUUGUUUAAGAACUACUAAAGAAACCGUAAAUUUUAAUAUCAAAUUGUCGCUAAAUAGCUAAUUAACAUCGAGAAAAAUCAUCUUUCAUACAUCAAACAUUUUGCAUUAAAACAAUAACGUUAUUUUAUAGGCAAUAACAAGAAUAAAUGCAAUUUGUCUAGCAUUUUUUUAAAAUUUCGUUGAUACACAAAUCUCGUAUUACCUUCUCGAGUACCUAUCAUGUCGAUUCUCUAAGAUUUGAUGCAAUUAUUCUUGUCACAUCCUGUAUAUUAUCAAACCCGUGCUACGAU